GACUAGAGGCACCGGCGAUGUUUGCCGAUUUCCAAUUUGACGAUUGUGGGCGUGGCGGAUGAAACACAUUAAUUUUUUCCACACUCUGUAGCUACUCACUGUACCCUUUUUAUUUUUAUUUACAAUUGAAUGAUGGAGUCGCUUCCUGUUAGAGCGAUGGUCCACAUAUUUUCGUUUCUAAAGGUUAAAGAGAAGUGUAAUGCUGCAAGAGUCUGUAGAUCCUGGUAUCACCUGAUGCGUGAGAAGCAACUCUGGAAGCACGUUGACCUGACACCCUUCCGAAUCAACCUGCAGUCAACAUGGAAGCUCAUUCGCUGUUACUUCACCGAUGCCCUGCGAACCCUCCACCUGCGAGGCUUCAUGUAUUCUGUCAAGAAGACAGAAUGCAUCUCCAACGCCGUGCUGAACGAUCUCUGUGAGCGCUGCCCAAACUUGGAGGAGCUGUACAUCGAAGACGCUUUUCUAACGAACAUCGACUCAGGAAACUUACCAUCGACACUGAAGGUCUUAAAGCUGUACCGAUGCGUGACCACGUUUGGCUGGUUCCAGUCAGCUGUAGACCAGGGACGGUUCGGUGACCUACAGGUCCUCAGUGUUGAGAGAAGUACCAGGUUUUGUGACGAGGAUCUCGAACAUCUGACCUUGCUUUCCCAAGGGGGUAAACUGGAGAGCCUUAACUUCGGCAACUGCUACCGGAUCUCGCACAAGGGUUUUCAGAGUAUGUCUGAGAAUCUUACGAACUUGAAGCAUCUAAACGUCACUCAGACCGAAGUCGGCGACGAAGACAUGCAUUUUGUUUGCCGCCACCUGAAAAAACUGGAAACCCUCAUUUUGCAGGACUGCGAUUCACUAACGGAUCUCUGUGUCGGAUCACUGGCUACACUACCUGACCUCCGUCAUCUAGACUUGAGAGGGAGUAAGAUGAAGCUCACAAAAGCGGCUCUCGUUGGUAUGAUGGGAAAACUAAAAGGGCUCGAGGAAUUGUGCAUUUCUCCAUCGGAGGGUCUUACAGAUAUAGAUGCUGACGUAGAGCAGAUUGCAGGGGUAAAUAUCAAAUGUCAAAUUAUCACAGACUAAUUAGUGUGGUCAUAACCAAAAUGUCUUUCUCGGGACUAUUGUCAGAGAUGUCUUUUAGAUUCAGUUCUAUAGCUACUGUAGGUUUGAUGUUUUUUCUUGCUUUUUCAAACACAUUUCAUAAUUUUUGUAAUGUACUUCUCAGAGGUGCCUGGUUGAUGUGUAUUGAUCUAAAAACAUUUCUCAGUUUUCAUAUUUUAGUCUCUAAUGUUUCCACAUUUUGUUGUAAACACUUUGCAGUGGUGCAACAUAUUAUUAUUGAAAUAUAUCUGGUUUAACAAUUCCAGGUCCUCAAAGUAGUGCAUUUUAUAUCAGGAAAUGUAAAUUGUACCAAAUGGAAAUGGUAGGAUAUCAUGUUUUUGAUUCAGAGCAAAUUGUAACUUCAUCCAAUGACAAGAUGAAAUAUGCCUUCUGAUGGAAUUAUUUAAUGUUAUUUUAUUUGUGGGCAUAUAAUUAUUGAGAAAUAUCUGGAAUAAUGACAAAGUAUUUAAACUGAAAUAUGAUUACAAUAUUUGCUGUAGAACUUAAAGAUAUGUGUAUGUAAUUCAAGUGAUUUUUAUAUUUUCAACAACUCCACUAGUAUAUUUAGAAAUUGUGCGAUCUUAUGAAGAGUAAUAAAACACAUGUUGUAUUAUUUAUAAACAUG